AUGCAUGGUCUUGAAGUGGGUCUCUUUGAUGAAAUCGAAUCCAACGGAGAACCCUUGCCUGCCUCUGUAAUUGCAAGGAAAUUUAAUUAUGACAAAUUCAUGACGGAACGUUUCCUUAACACAUUGGUGUCCUUAAGCAUACUUGAAAAAACGGAACAUAAAGGUACAGCAUUAUACAGUAACACACCAGGAACCACAAAAUAUCUGACUAGAUCGAGACGCCCUGCCUUGAUAGCCAGUGCAAUGACUGAAUUUAACGUUUUCCUUCCUAUUUUGUCUAAUUUAUCAAACACAAUGAAAACAGGAAAAGCAUUCAUUGACAUGGCAAAUAUUAAAGCUGGAAAAAUCGGCAGUGCUGACAGUACAGUUUCAAAAGAUAUUAGACAGAAUAAUAAUUCCAACCAUAACAAAACUAAUCUCAUAAUGAAUGGAAACGGUCUAGGCUCGAAUGGUAUCAGCACCAAUGGCCCAAAUGGUACCACUGGUAUGGGCCCAAACAAUACAAACGGAAUUUAUCCAGAUAAGCCUACCAACGGUAGCAAACCUUCAAUGGACUGCAGUUCUAUGAUCAUGCUUUCUAUGGACGGACUCACGGUCCCAUGUGCCCCGGUGUUGGUGAAAGCAUUUGACCUCAGCGCUCACAGAACCGCCGUAGAUUUAGGAGGAGGAUCGGGUUUAAUUGGUAGAACACUCGCCAGUGAAUAUCCUGAAAUGAACAUUACAGUUUUUGAUCUCCCACCAGUUGUGCAGCUGGCUAAAAAGUUAUACCCAGAAAAUAACACUGGCCAGGUGACAUUUGUAUCAGGGAACUUCUUUGAAGAUGAGAUCCCAAAUGCUGAUCUCUAUCUACUAUCACAUGUGAUCCACGAUAUGACAGAAGUACAAAUCAAUACACUGCUGCAAAGAGUAUAUAAAAAAUUGCCACCUGGUGGCAGCCUCCUCAUCCUGGAGAAAACCCUCAAUGAGAAAAAAGACGGGCCAUCCUUUGCAAUAAGCAAUGAUCUCAUCAUGUCGCUGAUAAGCACGGGCCGUGAGCGGUCCGCAAAAGAAUAUAGGGAUCUAAUUGAUGCUCAAGGUUUUACUAAUAUCCAGAUUCGUCAAGUUGGCGGCUAUAAUUACUUCGACGCCAUCUUGUCAAAGAAACCAUUCUAA